AUGCUUCAAACCAGGUUCACCAAGGCGCUAUGCACCCGAUCCAUGUCCAUAUUUCGAUCUCGAGCAGAAGAAGAGAAAUUGAAGCGAGCUAAAGCCAAGAGGCGCCAACCUUUAUACUCCGUGGAUCCCGAUGACGAGAAGAAUCUUCCUAUUUACGAGUACGGGUCUGCCACGCCUACCAAUCGCGUUUACACUUGGGGCAUGGCGUGUUAUGGUGCGCUUGGAGUGCCAAACUACGUUAGAAAGCGCUUGAACAACACCCGAAAAAGCUCUGAUGUGAUGCAUUAUCCAAAUCGGUGUCCGUUGGCUGAGAAACGAAUAACCACAAGCAUCGGGUGUGGACACGGAUUCACUGUAUUUGGCAUCAAAGACCCCGUCCAUCAUCUAUUGGGUACUGGUAUCAACACGGAUGGUCAAAUUGGUUAUCACGCACCAAGAAAGGAUCAUCCAUUGGAGAUAUUGAUCGCCCCCGUUCCCACAACCUUGGCUAUUCCCAAGGGCCACAACGUCAAGAGUAUCGGAUGUGGGCGUGCUCACACUAUAGUGCUUUCGUCAGACAAUCAAGUGUUUUCAAUCGGUAACAAUGCCUAUGGUCAGUGUGGCCGACCUGUUCUUCCGAACGAAGACUAUUUCCGUAAUCGAGUGAUCCACACUGUGAAAGGACCUUGGGAAUCGGCGGAUGAAGAUGAAACCAUUGUAGACGUUGUUUGUGGCCAAGACCACACAUUUUUCUUGAGCACCCGCGGCCAAUUGUUUUCUUGUGGUUGGGGCGCUGACGGACAGUUGGGUGGUGGCGAUUACGCCUCACAACACACACCUACGCUCAUCCAUGGAGAUUUGAAAGGAGAAAAUGUGGUGAAAGUGGCUUCUUCGGCUGACUGUGUGCUGGCUUUAACGGAUCAAGGCGAGGUGUUUGGUUGGGGAAAUUCGGAGUACGGCCAAUUGGCAUCUGUUACCGAUGAGCAACAGAUCAACACCCCUCACAAGCUCAAUACUCGAGGUCUAGGACGAAUCAAGGACAUUGCUGCGGGCGGCACAAUCUGCCUCAUAUUGAAUGGUAAGUAGUAGCUGGUGGCGGCU